AUGGCUUUAAAAAAAUUUCCAGAGGCUCUGGGUAUUCCAGAUAUUUGUAAAGGGUUUCAUCCGUAUCGUUUUUACGAUUUAAACUAUGUGGGUCCCAUGGUCGGUUUGGAAUAUUUUGAUCCGCCAGCUGAGGGUUUUAAAGAGCGUGCAAAAUUUGACGUCUGGUAUAAUGAACAAAAAAAGAAAACGUAUAUUUUCAAAGAAGCCAUGUAUUAUUAUUGCCGUUUGGAUGUUGAUAUAUUAAGGCAGGGGUGUAUUGUAUUUGCGCGACUAAUAAAAGAUAUAACAAAUGUGUUUCCAUUUUAUGAUAAGACUUGUCACACUAUAGCGGGUUUAGCGUUGAAAGUAUAUCGCACAAAUUUUUUAAACGAAGCUACUAUAGGACAAAUACCUGCGCAGGGAUACGGCGGUAAUGUCAAUCAGAGUACCAUUGCCCUAUACUGGUUACGGGAGAUUGAAAAUAAUCUCGACGGGACAUUACAUAGUAAACAAUCUCCUAAUGGCGAACGUAAUAUUAUGGGGCGUUAUGUGGACGGGUAUUGUCCCGAAACGAAACAAUCUAUCAAUUUCAUGGAUGUUUUUUUCACGGCUGUAAAACUUGUUAUGACAGCGAUAGUAUUAACACGGUGCUGAACGAGUCGUUUUAUAUAUUGCGUGAACGAACUGCUCGUGCGACAGCAGAUUUUGAAAAUAACGGGUACACAGUUGUUGAAAUGUGGGAAUGUGAUUUUAUUAAUGCGAAUAAAUUAACACAUAAUAUAUUAAAAGUAUUAAGACAACGUGAUUUCUUUAUCAAUCUUAAUCCUCGUGACGCUUUAUUUGGGGGUCGAGUUUCACCAGCUGUUAUGCAAGCUAAGACGGAUGGUCAAAAAAUACGUUAUUAUGAUUUUACUUCCCUAUAUUCCUUUGUUCAAAAAAACUAUCAGUAUCCUACAAAACAUCCGAAGAUUAUACGUGGUAUUGAGAAGUGUGCCCAAUUUAAUCUAGGGACUAUAUUCGGUUUGAUUAAAUGUAAAAUAUUACCGCCUAGAAAUCUUUUAUUUCCGGUUAUUCCUUAUCGUACAACAAAGUUAACAUUUCCAUUGUGUCGUAUAUGUGCCGACACGUUAUGUGAUACAUGUACACAUGAAGAAGAGGAUGAACGUGUUUUAUAUGGCACGUGGACUAGCGUUGAAAUACAAACGGCUUUGAAACACGGGUAUAUUGUCAAGGAAGUUUAUGAAAUAUAUGAUUAUGCAAAUCGUGCGAAAAUAUUCGAUACGUAUGUCAAUACGUUUAUAAAAUUAAAACAAGAAAGUAGUGGUGUACCUAAAAAUUGUUAUGAUGCAGGGGGCAAUGUAAAUAGUGCGAAAUUAAAUGAAUAUGUUGGCGAAUAUUUGAAACAUGAGGGUGUGAAAUUAGAUGUGGAUAAAAUAGCGCAUAAUCCCGGUCAAAGAACUGUAAUGAAGGCUUUAUUAAAUUCGUUGUUGGGUAAAUUAGCGCAAAAUGAAGAUACAACUGUGGUGUCGUUUGUAGAUCGUUUUGAUGAUUUAUUAGAAUUAGUGAAUGAUAAUAGUAUUGAGGUAACAUUGUUAGAUUUUAUAAGCGAUGAUGUAGCAAGGACAACACAUCGAAAAACCGGAUCACUAAUUACAUUACCCAAUAGAAAUGUUGUUAUAGCAUCUUUUGUAACCGCCUAUGCACGUUUAGAAUUACUUAAAGUUUUACAUAAGUUAGAUGAUAGUGUGCUAUAUUAUGAUACCGAUUCGGUGAUAUAUGUCGAAGAUGUUGAGAAAGGGCACGUUUUAGAAACGGGUAGUUAUUUGGGUCAAUUGACGGAUGAAUUAGCGGAUAAAAAUGCUAGUGAAAAAUGGAUUGAGGAAUUUAGUGCUACCGGUCCUAAAGCGUACACGUAUCGUACCAACGAAUAUAUGUAUACACUUGAAAAUGGUACACAGGAAAAAAGACGCUAUGAGAUUGUGCAUGUGAAGGGGUUUUUGCUGAAAGGGGAUACUAAAAAAAAAAUCACUUUUGAUAGUAUUAGUCAAUGUGUACGCGAUCAAAAAAAAGAAAUUAUUACCAGUUAUACGGAAUUUACACGUUCGAAUAAUCAAACAAUAAAUGUUCAAAAAGCCGAAAAAAUAUUUCGAUUUACAUUCGAUAAACGUAUUAUCCGUCCUGAUUUUACAACUAUUCCGUACGGUUAUAUUAAUUCAUAA